CGUCCUUUGUUCUGAAAAUACUAAUUAGAAUCACCGUGACAAGCUACUACUGGAUGAGCUACGGUGGCAUUAGGGGAGACGUAGAGCACUCGUUUUCGUAGUGCUCGCUGUCGACUGCCUGGCGGCACGAGUUGGCGUUACCAUCCACCUCUAGCUUAUAUAUUGCCAUGUACGAUGCUCUUGGGCUUUCACUAGCGAUCAACUUGUUCAACCUUCGCAUCAAACACGCCACGCGGUCUAAUUGCAAAUAAACCUUCUCCACCACCCCACCGACAUGGAGUAUCCAAGUCCUCUUAACACGCAUGGCAUCAAGUGCUUCAACGUCCCCGGGCUGGGGGAAAGGCUCAGCGACACAUACCACAUCUCCAGCGCCGUAGUUCUUCCGGCAAACGUGCGAACGGUAGUGACGGCGGGCCAGACAGGCUACACGGCCGACAUGAAGUUACCGACAGACCUGACUGAGCAGUACGUGCAGGCCUUCCAAAAUGUGGUCGAUUCUCUCGCGGCAGCCGGUGUCAGGGAUGGAUUCAAUUCGGUCUACCAGAUGACAAGCUACCAUGCUGGAGGGCUGGAUGCGGCGGCCGACAAGGCGUUGGAAGUGGUGGUUGAAAAGUUCUUGGGAAAAAACAGAUUCGCGUGGGCGGGCGUCGGCGUCGAGGCUCUAGCGGAUGGGGCGAGAGUGGAGAUUACAGCAUACGCAGUGCUGCCAAAUUAGGACUUCCGAAUCAUGAAAUGCUGGUGGGGCGGUGGGAGGAUAGGAGCAUCUGGGGAAUCUAUCUCAUCAGCCAGUCCACGGGUGUGUGCUCCGCAGUGCUGGGUGCAAUGCCACGUGACGUAAAUUGAACGAAAUUGAUGAAUUCUUGUUGUCGGCCAUUGUCCCGUGUAUCCAGGCGAACAGAG